UCCGAUUCUAGACGGUGAAUAUUCGAAAAAUUGCAAUGAAGAUCGUAUUAAAAGUGCUUCUUAUCUAUUUACUACUUCAAAUCGGAAACACUCAGACAUGCCUGGAGUCGAAACAAUUGGAGGAAACUUGCGGCAGUUAUUGUUUUAAAGUUGUAAAACAGCUUCUAGGGCACACAAACUCAUUGCAGAAGCAAGUCAAUGGCCAAGAGUCCGAACUAAAAAAGGAAACACUUGAGAGAUUUGCAAAUAUGGAGCAACAGUUGAGGUCAUUAAAGGAGGAUAUAGAAAAGCCUAAGCAGAAUUUAAAUGAAGAAACGAUAAAAGAGUUUCAGAAGCUUUAUGAGAAAAUUGGAUCGAAAUACUAUUAUAUUGAAAGACAACACAAGAUCAAUUGGUUUGCCGCUGUUCACAAAUGCCAUGAGCAUGGCAGUCACUUGGCCAGUAUACAGAAUCAGCAAGAAUUUAACGCAUUGGGACCGAAACUAAAGGGAGACCAUUAUUGGAUAGAUAUCAAUGAUCUGGGCCAUAAAGGAGUAUAUCGCUCGCAUACAACUGGUCAAGCAACUCCCUAUUUUAAUUGGUAUAAUGGAGAACCGAAUAAUAACGGAGACGAACGCUGUGUUGCUUUGGAGGAAAGAGGCCAACCAACAGUACAAAUGAAUGAUCAGGAUUGUACAGCGUUGAAUUUAUUUGUCUGCGAAUUGUUUGAAAAGUAA